AGGAUGGAUGUAACCAACCAGAGCUGAAAUUCACUGCUCAAACACAUGUUGUGUAGAUCAGAGGUCAAACUAGUUACAGUUCUAAGGAAGUGAAGGACGAUUGUAAAAAAACGAAUUAAUUGCCAAGAGGAGUUAUGGCACAGAAAGGAAUUCAGUUGGACCUGAAAACUAUUUCUUGUUCGAUCUGUGUGGAUCUACUGAAGGAUCCGGUGACUGUUCCCUGUGGACACAGCUACUGCAUGGGGUGCAUUAAAAGACACUGGGAUAAAGAAGACAACAAGAGAAUGUACAGCUGCCCUCAGUGUAGGCAGACCUUCACACCGAGGCCUGUCCUUGGGAAAAACACAGUUUUAGCAGAUUUAGUGGAGGAGCUGAAGAAGACUGGACUUCUCAUUGCUCCUGCUGAUCACUGCUAUGCUGGACCUGAAGAUGUGGCCUGUGAUGUCUGCACUGGGAGAAAACUGAAAGCUUGUAAGUCCUGUCUGCAGUGUCUGGCUUCUUACUGUGACAAACACCUCGAGUCUCAUUUUGAAGCGCCUCCAUUAAAGAAACACAAGCUGGUGGAGCCCUCCAAGAAGCUCCAGGAGAACAUCUGCUCUCGUCAUGAUGAGGUGAUGAAGAUGUUCUGUCGUACUGAUCAGCAGUCUAUCUGUUAUCUCUGCUCUGUGGACGAACACAAAGGUCAUGACACAGUCUCAGCUGCAGCAGAAAGGAGCGAGAGGCAGAGAGAGCUGGAGGUGAGUCGACAAAACAUCCAGCAGAGAAUCCAGGACAGAGAGAAAGAUGUGAAGCUGCUCCAACAGGAGGUGGAGGCUAUCAAUGGCUCUGCUGAUAAAACAGUGGGGAACAGUGAGAAGAUCUUCACUGAACUGAUCCGUCUCAUGGAGAAAAGACGCUCUGAUGUGAAGCAGCAGGUCAGAUCCCAGCAGCAAACUGAAGUGAGUCGAGUCAGAGAGCUUCAGGAGAAGCUGGAGCAGGAGAUCACUGAGCUGAAGAGGAAAGAUGCUGAACUGGAGAAGCUCUCAGACACAGAAGAUCACAACCAGUUUCUACACGACUACCACUCACUGUCACCACUCAGUGAAUCUACACACUCAUCCAGCAUCAAGAUCCGUCCUCUGAGGUUCUUUGAGGACGUGACAGCGGCUGUGUCAGACAUCAGAGAUAAACUACAGGACGUCCUGAGAGAGAAAUUGACAAACAUCUCACAGACAGUGACUGAAGUGGAUGUUUUACUGUCAGGACCAGAACCAGAGCCCAAGACCAGAGUUGAAUUCUUAAAAUAUUCAUGUGACAUCACACUGGAUCCAAACACAGUUUACACACAGCUGUUAUUAUCUCAUGGGAACAGAAAAGUAACAGUAAUGACUAAACAACAGUCUUAUUCUAGUCACCCAGACAGAUUCACUGAUUGCUGUCAGGUCCUGAGUAAAGAGAGUCUGACUGGACGUUGUUACUGGGAGGUGGAGAGGAGAGGAGAUGUUUAUGUAGCAGUCACAUACAAGAAUAUCCGCAGAGCAGGGAGCUCAAAUGAAUGUUUGUUUGGACGUAAUGACAAAUCUUGGGUGUUAGAGUGCGACAGCAACAGUUAUAACUUUUGGUACAACAAAGUCAUCACUCAUGUCUCAGGUCAUAGGUCCUCCAGAGUAGGAGUGUAUCUGGAUCACAGAGCAGGUAUUCUGUCCUUCUACAGCAUCUCUAAAACCAUGAUUCUCCUCCACAGAGUCCAGACCACAUUCACUCAGCCUCUACAUGCUGGACUCUUUGUUUUUCCUUUUGGAUCGACUGCUGAGUUGUGUAAACUGAACUAGACAGAUGUCAUUUCAGGGACAGAGG